CCACUAAUUGGAGUCCCGUCGUUUCUUGUCCCAAACAAGUAUCAAGAAGAUUUGUGUUUAGAGUUUUUAAAAAGCAAAUGGUGUUACAUCAAGAUAGCAGGGAUUUCACGAACCAGCUGGACUUCCCAUUUGCAUAACAGCACUUGAAGAUUAAUACUUCGCUUAACACAACGGGAUCUAAACAUUGUUUUCCACGUCCGCCAGCUUCCUCUUCGAAUAUCAAAUGUCACGAAUCGUGAGGUCACAGACUGGCACCUUGUGAAUUCACCUGAUUUUGUUGUCUUAGAAGUGCCAUAUAAGCAACACUUGGUGUUUCACUUUUCGGAUGCAAAUCGAGUCCGUGCGUUCUUGUGCCUCUUCUAGCUAGAUGACUGAGAUCCUGUCCGAUUCGAAAAAAAUUUUGUCACCAGAAGGGAUUUUCAAACGAACAUCGAGCGAGCCUGAUAUCUCUACGGCGGGCUUAAGGCAAAGGACGUGUAGCAAUGCUUCUCAGCUACAAUACAACCGAACACGAGAAAGAUCGAGGACUUCGUUUGUACAACAAGUAAGUAAAGAAAGAUCUCGCUCGCCAUCACCGACUGGUGUUUCAAACUGCAGUGAUUCUGAGGGACAAAUGGUUGUAGACGGAAGCUUAUUAAAUGAUAGUUGCAACAGUGAAGAAUUCACCUUCAGAGAUCGUGCACCAACAUCUCCAAGUCGAGAGGAAGUAAAGGCACAGGCUUUUGAAAGGCUUCAAGAAGAACUAAAGAAAGCUCAGGAGGAACUCAAGUUAAAAGAUGAGCAGUGCGAGAAGCUAUCUCGAGUCAGGAAUGAAUUAGAAGCAGAGCUAGAAGAACUGACAGCAAGUUUGUUUCAGGAGGCACACGCUAUGGUUCGAGCAGCAAAAGUUAAACAGGUUGGAGCAGAAAAGAGGUUCAAAGAAGCAAAUAACAAGGUGGAAGUGCUUCAAGCAGAGGUGACAGCUCUAAAACAGUUGGUGUUGACAUCUACUUCAACUCCUGGUCAUUCAGGAAGACUUGGUUGGCGACGACACAGCACAGAGCAUCUCGCCCCUUGUCCAGAUUGUGAUUCAUAUGAUUGUGACGCUGCUGUAGCAAGGUUUAAUGGAACAUGCCUUCAAGGUCCACAUCAUUCAAAAAAUUCACUUGCUGAGGAAUCUGAGGUAGAUGUUAUUCUUUUUCGAGAGUUCUUGCAGUGGAUGGAUGAACGUUCUGUGUCCCAUGACCAGCCAUUUUUAGCCCGGAUAUACAAGGAAGAUGUAGGACCUUGUUUGAACUUUCCCAACAAAGAGCUGGCUUUGGCAGUACACAGUGCAAUUGAAAACAAUACUCUAAUGAUGGAAACUUUCACUGGGAAACCAGUAUUUAGAAAGUGUGCAUUAACUGGAACAUCACGAUUGUGCCUUCAUCGUGUGAAGUUAUCAGAAAAAGGUGAUUGGCAUAAUCUCAGUCGGAACAGUAGAGUUAGGAUUGUAGCAGUUUGUGAUUUUUACACAUAUGUGCGGUACAUUCAGCAAGGCCUUGUUAAGGCAGAUGUGACCGAGAUAUACUGGGAACUAAUGCGACUAAGGAGCCAAAUGGCGCUUGCUCGGUUAGGAAUGGAAACCACAGUGAAAGUUCAAAGGAGCAGUGGUCACUCUUAACAAUGCUUGCUGACUGAUUGCAAAUAAUUGCUGGGAUCUGUAAGUUAAAGUUUGCAUGUGCAUUUGAUCUACUGGAUUUGCAUACAGCUGCUUUGGAUUCCGUGGAGUGCUGAUAUGGGAAUUAAAUAUUGAAACUGUCCUCGGCCUUGAGAGGGAAAAGCCGAGAGAGAAUUUAACAGGAGUUUAAUAACUUCAUACCUACUUUCACUGAAUUCUAGAAAAUAUUUAUACAAUGUAAUUCUCUUUUAAUGUAAGUUUUACUAUAUACGUGCAGAAGAGAAUGAAACUUGUAUAAAGUAAACUACAUUUUCCUGAAUAUUUUAAACAGAAUUCUUAUGGAAUGUACAGUUUGUAACCCAAAGUGGUAAACGUUCACAUUGGGGAUAUUUUAGUUUAGGUUCACUUCUUAUAUUUAAACGUAUCCAUUUAAAUAUUGGUACCAGUUCUUUCUCUUGUGUGCUAUCGCGUAAGGGAACUUGAGUUAGCUCACUCAAUAAGAGCGAAUUGUCGAAUAAGAAAUUUUAGACAGGAUAAAAGGGUGUCAUUAAUUUUUAAUUGUUGGAUUUUUUAAUCUCAAUUCAUCAUCCUCAAGUAAAGCAGUGCAUAGCCUGCGUCGCAGACAGUCUAUACCGAGGAUUUUGUGACACGUCCGGCUGCAACGCAGACUAGCUAGCAAUGCAUAAUACUGCUUGGGUAAUUUUUUACAUUAGUUUUUUAAUCACUUAGUUUCUAUUUUUCUAUACGAGACUUCUCAGUCAUCUGUACAAAGUCUUUUGACGAGCAGCUAGAAUGUAAUAAACAGUUUAGUUUUAA